GGGAGUUCCACUGUGGGUUCGAGGAUGGUAACAUUUGCCUUUUCACUCAAGAUGACACGGACAAUUUCGACUGGACAAAACAAAGCACUGCCACUAGAGACACAAAAUACACCCCAAACACGGGGCCGAACGCGGAUCGGACUGGCUCCAAGGAAGGUUUCUACAUGUACAUUGAGACGUCGCGCCCCCGGCUGGAAGGAGAAAAGGCCAGACUUGUUAGUCCUGUUUUCAGUGUCGCUCCAAAAAACCCUUACGGAGCUACGAACACAGCCUAUUGUUUUAGCUUCUACUAUCACAUGUAUGGACAGCACAUAGGAAGCUUGAACGUUUACCUGCGGUUGAAAGGUCAGACGGCGAUAGAGAACCCGUUGUGGUCUUCAAGUGGAAAUAAGGGGCAGCACUGGAACCAAGCCCGCGUCAAUAUAAACCCCCCAACUUCAUUUCAGCUCAUAUUUGAAGGGAUCCGGGGUCCCGGGAUCGAAGGUGACAUUGCUAUUGAUGAUGUAUCAAUUGUGGAAGGAGAGUGUAUGAAAUCAGACCAACCAGCCAACAAUUUACGAUCAGGUGCUGUUGGGACAUUAGCGCAUAUACGACUUAUCCCAGUUCUCAUCCUCAUGUCUGUCUUAAGUCAUCAGAGGUGACCUUAUCCUGGCAGAGGCUACAAAAGAUUCACCAGGCACUGGCAUGAAGAAAGAGUCUUUGUAAAAUGGACAUUUAAAAACAAUCUACCAAAGAUUCCUCCACUGACUGACUCAAAAGUUAAGUAAAUACAUAAAUAAAUAAUUAAAAGAAAUUAAAAAGCACUGGGGACAUAAAAGGCAUCACGGGAGUGUUAACUCACUAUGAACCACGCGUGAGAACGAGAUCUGGCCUAAGGAAGGAAGAGACCUUCAGGUGCUUUUGUGGUCAAUAACGAAUACAGCAUCGUCUGGUUGAACUCUCGGAAAAGAGCUAUAGAAACCCUUGUCAAAGCACAAAGUCAUGGCUGGUUUUGUUUCAAAUGAAUAGUUUGCUUGUUACCAUGGAAACCUAAUGGCCUGCCAAAAAAAAAGAAAAUAAAAAAAAAAAGGAGGAGAGAGGAAAUAGAGAGAAACACCUCACUGUAAACAGGGUAUGUG